AUGCAUUUUUGGAAACGAUUUUUUGAUCAUUUUUCUUUUAUAUUAUUACUCAAUUUGUUCAAUGAAAUAAUAGGAUCCGAAGUUCUAAGACCUCGUGGAGUUUCCUUGUCACGAGCACCUUUAUACAAUCCAAAAAAUGAUUUUACUUGUUUUGAUCGUAGUAAAACUAUUCCAUUUUCUCAGGUAAAUGAUGAUUAUUGUGAUUGCCCUGAUGCAAGUGAUGAGCCUGGAACCUCAGCUUGUCCUCAUGGAAUAUUUUAUUGUGUAAAUGCAGGAUUUAAACCCAUGAACCUGGCUUCAAGUAGAGUGAAUGAUGGAAUUUGUGAUUGCUGUGAUGGUGCAGAUGAAUAUGCAAGUGAGCCAAAAUGUAUCAAUAAUUGUGCUGAGCUCGGACAAUUCGCUAGAGAGAAAGAAUUGCAGAGGGAAGAACUCUUGAAGGCUGGCAAACAACUGAGAGAGGAGUUCAGCCAAAAAGGUAUUCAAGAAAAACAACAGAGAAAAGAAAAAUUGUUGGAACUUGAGAAGAACAAAGAAGAAGCAGAUAGAGUAAAAGCUGAAAAAGAAAGAUUGAAAAAUGAAGCUGAAGAACUAGAGAAUACUGCAUUAGAUUAUUAUAGAAAAUUGGAAGAAGAACAAAAUAAACAGAAAGCUGAAACAGAAGCCCUUAAAUUGAGGGUAGAAGCUAAUGCUGCUUUUAAUAAGUAUGAUGUAGACCAAGAUGGAAAAAUCACAGUUUCUGAAUUACAACAAUUUGAAACUUUUGAUAAGGAUAAAGAUGGAAAAGUGUCUGAAGAAGAAGCCAAAUAUUUCCUAAAUGACCAAGAAGAAGCAGAUUCAGAGAAAUUUGUGAGUGAUGCUUGGAAUAGAAUUAAACCUUACCUCAUGAUAGAAUCAGGUGCAUUCAGGGAGAAAACAGAUCCUGACCAGGAAGCUGUUGAGGAGGAAGAGGAAUUUAAUGAGGAAGAAAAAACAGAAGAAGAUGCAGAUGAUGAGGAAGAUAGUGUCAAGGAACAACAAGAACCAGAGCAACAAGAAGAAAUUCCCCCGCCUAUAGAAUAUGAUGAAGAAACCCAAAAGUUAGUGGAUGCAGCUACAGAUGCUAGGAAUGAAUUUUCAAAUGCAGAAUCAGCUGUGAGGGAUCUUGAAUCAGAAAUACGCAACAUCAAAGAAUAUUUAGAGAAAGACUUUGGCCCAGAUGAAGAAUAUGCACCACUUCUUGGUCAAUGUUUUGAGUAUGUCGACCAUGAGUAUAUAUAUAAACUUUGUCCGUUUGAUAAAACAGUACAGCAGCCUAAAUCAGGUUCUAUGGAAACACGUCUGGGCACAUGGGGGCACUGGUCGGGUCCAGAUCAUAACAAGUAUGAAAGGAUGUCUUAUGAGAGAGGGCAAGCUUGUUGGAAUGGUCCACAGAGAUCUACUAUUGUGAACAUUUCAUGUGGUAGUGAUAAUAAAGUAACUUCUGUAUCUGAACCAAAUAAAUGUGAAUACGUUUUUGAGUUUUCAACUCCUGCAGCAUGUUACGAGAUUCCAAUUGAAUAUCAAGAAAGUGCACAUGAUGAACUCUGAGUAUUAUUUUUUUUAUGUGAAGUGAAAAGGUUAACUUCGACUUCGGUGGGAUAGUAAACGAGUGAAACAUUUUGUCUUAUAUUUUAUGUGAUCAUUUUGGUGAAAGUACUUUUUAUACAGUCUUUUCAGAUAUGAGUAUCAUCAAUAGAAUAGAUAUUUAUUCAUGAUAUUGUAAAACCGAUAUUUAGGAUAGGUCCAACUGCGAGACUACAAUAUCAAGAUUUAAAAAAGAUCAAAAAAUAGAACUAUCACAAGAA